AUGUCUAUAACAGAGAUGAGAGAAUUUAUGACAAUAAUUGACUCUUGGUGCAAAGAGAAUAGCUACGUGAUAGCUGGAUAUUACCAGGCAAAUGAACGCGUGAAAGAUGCCAGUCCAAACCAGGUUGCGGAAAAGGUGGCCUCCAGAAUUGCAGAGGGCUUUAACGAUACAGCGCUCAUAAUGGUUGAUAACACCAAGUUUACAAUGGAGUGCGUAGAGCCUGCCAUUCACGUGUAUGAGCUUCAUGAGAACAAGUGGAGGUGCAAGGACCCGCACGUUGAUUUUUGUGAAGAUUGGACCGAAGCCCAGAGAAUUGCUGCAUCUCUCUUGGACAGCAAGUCCUACGAGACGCUUGUAGAUUUUGAUAAUCACCUGGAUGAUAUCCGGAACGACUGGACAAACCCAGAGAUCAACAAAGCUGUCCUCCACCUGUGUUAGAGGGGUUUCUACUGACUAAUUUAUGGGCAUUCCCACUGUGUACUGAAGAGAGAAAAAUGCUAUUUUUGAAUGUAAAUAGAAUAAUAUUCAGUACCUUGUGUGGAAACCCAACUGAUUAAAAAGGAGUGGCAUGUCACAUUGCAAAGAGUGAUGUGUCCGUAAGCUGUUGAAUCUUUUUUGUCAGAUUCCUUGGAAGAACUGCAAACUGUCAGUUACAGCUGUCCUUGUGGACGCCUUCCCAGUUGUAGUGAAUGUUGCUAUUCCUUCAAAACAAGAACUACUUCUGCUUGUCCCUACGGUUCGUAUUACAGAGUUUUGACUAAGCUUUUCUAAUCUUUAGAGAGAUUACUUUUUAACAAUUUAUGGAAAUACCUUUCA